GCCGUUCAAUGCUACCUACCCACUCCACCCACUUUCCGUUCUUGAUGAAGUGUUAACCCACCAAAUCCACUCGGGGAGCUGCGAUCUGCAAACUUUUCCGGUACACCUUUUUUUAUCAUCGCCGGUCCAAGGUCUACAAAAAAAAAAGUCAUAGACGCGUCACUUAUGGCGGAACCCUUUGAAAAAGAGCCUGCAGUUGUGGUUGCGUCAACGGUGCAACGACUGACCUGUUGUCUCGCCGAAGUCGGGAUCGCACAGUUGGAUUGUCAUUUCGGCGGCUCCUAGGACUUUUAAUGCUGCGGGAUGUUCUCCAGUUUGCAUGGUCGAGCCCAUUUUGUUGGUAACAUCACGAUCCAUCGUGGGACAAAUGGAAGUUUCCGCAACGUCAAUGAGCAUAUGGCGAGAGGGAUGUGCUUUACAAGGUGCGGACUUGGUCAAUACUUGCUCCGUUCUGUGAGCCAUCAUGAUCUUGAGGCACUCCUUCACAGCGCAGUCUUGAGAGCAACCGGACUUGAGAGGAACCGGAAUCCGGACUUCUCUACUGGAUCAAGCCCUUGGCAAUUUCGA